GAAGUUGCGGAGGACAAAUGCCUGCAACCUCUUCCAUGAGUUUGAGGGCAACGUACUUGGACAUCAGGUAUAAUGAGGGAUGGAUUGCACGGUGAUGAUGAGUUCAAUGUGUCGGCGAACCCUUUGAGGACUCAUUUUCGACGAAGGCAGUGAGAAUUUUCCGGCGAUUUCCUUGGUCAUACUCAAAGCACUCAUUCGAUCCAUCAGUCUUUUUAAAUGGGGAGACAUCGUUGAGUUAGCUUAAUGUGUUGGACUUGCUAAAUUAGACUACGUCCUUGCGUUCUUCCACAAUGCGAAAAAAAAAGUCAUAUGCCUUUUCAUUUCUCACACCAAAAAAAAAAAAAAAGAAAAAAAAAAUCCUCGAAGUCCUAAUUGUGAUCAAGAAUGAAUGCCUUCUCUUGACAUUGCGAGACCUGAUAGGCCCUUGUGAUCAAGCCGAAGGUUUCAAGGUUUGAGACAUGUAUUGUCUUAAAAGAUCACAACUGAGCAAACAAACAAGAAAACUGACCUUGUUGAUGUCACUAUGAGCCGGUUAAGUUUCCUAAACAAGCUCAUAGUCUUGUUGCGUGACCGUAGCGUUUGACCUUAAAAUAGAGGCACAGACCGACGAUUGCUCAGAUUCCACCGCUGCCGCUGGUACUGGCGCGUCGAGAAAAGCUCGGAGCCCGCGAGUCGACUAGCACCAAAAGCCGCGGUUCCUUUGCUCGCGCUCCGUUUUCCGUGCGCUUACGCGGUAAACACCUCCCAGUCGGACGCAGUAUCGGCACUCCCCCGCGGGCUCCCAAAGAGAGAGAGCGAGAAGCAGAGAACCUUGCGGGAGGAAGGUGCGGCGUAACUUGUAGGGCUUCUGAAUCCACCACCUUCCCCCUGCACUCUGUUGAUCUCCGCGGGGCGUUGUUAAAAGGCGGCAUCGGUCGAUGCUCGGUUUCUUGUAUGGGGACGUCCGACCGUCGCGAGGAAGAAGAGACGCGAACAACGCUCUGCGCCCCCAGAUCUAGGGUUCCGGUUGCCCCGUUCAGAGACACCUCUUCCGAGAUGAGCCAGCAGCAAGCCUACGGCUUCCGGCCGGUGACUCCAGAUGCCGCUGCGGGUGCUCUCAAAGUCAGGGAGACUCCCCCGACGCCAUUGUCAGUAGUUCCUUCCGGCGGAGAUGAAGGUCUAUCUUCGCCUUCUUCUCCACCGUCCGCGGACCAGCUGCCGGAUGGGUGUCGAACUCCCUCCAGCGUGGUCUUUGACUCGUUUGCGCCCGGGCCGGACGACCUAAACAUGGCGCCGAAACGGAAUUCCAGAUCCGGGAAGGCCUUCCGUGCCUUGAGUACCGCGGACAUUUGGGGAUCCCUGGGAAAGUCGAGGGUUUUCAGGGUCUUGCAUUUUGAUGAUGAUAAUGAUGACGACGACGUCGAUGAUGAUGUUGACGGCAACGACAACGACAGCGACAAUGGCCGUGAGAAGGCGACGGCCGGAAGACGGGAGGAAGUGGAGUUUCUACAGUUUGUUUACGAAGAUCUCUUAAGGGCCAUACUCUCGAAUCAAGCCGAUGACUGCAUCGUGAAGAACGGCGACAUUGCUAGCCCCAAAACUCCAAGAUGCUUGAACGCCUGGAUCAAUGGUCUGGAGGAUACGUGUCCUAACGCUCCGAUCAAGCCAAGAAACCAAAGAGCUGUAGCGUCGGCUACAUUUGGCUCCCUGUGUCGGAAGCUUGAGUUCUGAACCGGCAGCUUUGCUCUUUUCUACGUAAACCAGUCGUCAACGCAAGACUUGGAGGAUGCAGCAGUUUGGGUCUUCUCCUUUCGGGCGAAACAGGGGCAAGGGCUUCGUGAAAAGCUGUAUUCUAGUUUUGUGUUUCCAUGGUGCUAAAUUCUUCUUUUCAGUUUGUAUGCCAGCUCUUGUAAAUUAUCCCUUCCACUGCUAGUUCUGAUUGUAUCUGAAUCUAAUUCUUCGGCCUCUUGGAAUUA